AUGAUGGGAUCACUCAAGAUUAUUUCUCUUAUUUUUGCUCUCCACCUGCUGCAAGGGGGGAGGACUUCCAUGAUUGAACUGAAAAACAAUGGCUACGAAGGAAUCGUCAUUGCCAUUAAUCCCCAGAUACCCGAGGAUGAGAAAAUAAUCCAACAAAUACAGGACAUGGUGACCGAAGCAUCUACCUACCUCUUCCAAGCUACCAAAAAGAUGGUUUACUUCAAAAGUGUGGCCAUUUUAAUUCCUGAGACCUGGCAGGAUAAGCCUGAGUAUUUAAUCUCAAAACGCGAAUCCUACCAAACGGCAGAUGUCAUAGUUGCAGAGCCCUCCCCGGCCCACAUUGACACCCCAUAUACCAAGCAGACAGGAUUGUGCGGAGAACCGGGACAAUAUAUUCACUUCACCCCAAAGUUCCUGGCAGGAGACCUGCUGAGAGAGCACGGACCACUAGGUCGCGUGUUUGUUCAUGAAUGGGCCCAUUUCCGGUGGGGAGUUUUUGACGAAUACGAUGAUAAGCAGCCUUUCUACAUCUCCAGUGAUGGACACCUAGAAGCAACAAGGUGUUCCUCAGAAAUUGAAGGUAAAUUCAUGAUGCAGAAGUGCCAAGGAGGCAGUUGUAUAACAAAACUGUGCAAGAUAGUUCCACAGACUGGAUUGCUUGAAGAAGGUUGCACAUUCAUACCAAAUGAAUUUCAAUCCGUAACAUCAUCCCUAAUGUAUAUGCAGAGUUUGGAAUCUGUAACUGAGUUCUGUAAUAAAGAAAACCAUAAUGCAGAAGCUCCAAAUCAACAAAACCGAAUGUGUGAGCUCCGAAGCACUUGGGACGUCAUCCAGGGGUCAGCUGACUUUAACAACACCAAACCCAUGACUGGCCAGCCACCAAAACCUGUCUUUUCCUUGCUGAAGUUUGUAAUCCGAAGAGCCUGUUUAGUGCUUGAUAAAUCUGGAAGUAUGGGGAGCAAAGAUCGUCUGAAUCGAAUGAAUCAGGCAGCCCAGUUCUUCCUGCUGCAAACUAUUGAAGAAGGUUCCUGGGUGGGGAUGGUCAUAUUUGAGAGUAGCGCUACUCUCAAAAACCCACUAAUCCAAAUAGUCGGCGAGGCUGAACGGAAUCAACUCAUCAAAAAUUUACCUACAGCAGCUGGAGGAGGAACAUCAAUCUGCAGUGGAAUCCUACUUGCAUUUCAGGAAUUUAAACGCAAAUUCGAGACAACUGAUGGCUCUGAAAUUGUGCUGCUGACAGACGGGGAAGAUUCAACUGUAAGUUCCUGUUUUACAGCGGUGAAAGAGAGUGGAGCCACCAUUCACAUCGUUGCUCUGGGAACUUCUGCUGCUGUCAAUGUAAAAGAGCUGUCAGACAUGACAGGAGGCAAAUUCACAACUCCUUCGGAUACAGCCCAGAACAAUGGCCUUAUUGAUGCUUUUAGUGGACUUUCAUCACGAAGUGGGAAUUUCUCUCAACAGUCUAUCCAGCUUGAAAGCAGAGGAUUAAAGCUGGACACAAGAGGGUGGAUGAAUGGCACAGUGGUUGUGGAUAAUUCAGUGGGUAAAGAUACCUUCUUCCUGGUCACAUGGUCAACUCAGAUCCCCCAAAUCUCUCUCUGGGAUCCCAAAGGACAAGAACAUCACAACUUUUCAAUAGAUGAAAAGUCCAGGAUGGCUCAUCUCCAAAUACCAGGCACAGCCGAGUUGGGAACUUGGACUUACAAUAUUGAAUCAGCUGCACAAAUCCUAACAAUGACAGUGACUUCCCGCUCAUCAGACCCUACGGUACCUCCACUGACUGUGACUCCUCGCAUGAAUAAAGACACAAACGUCUUCCCCAGUCCAAUGGCUGUUUACGCUGAAGUUAGCCAAGGAUUUAUGCCUGUUCUUGGGGCCAAAGUGAUUGCUACUAUUGAACCCCAGGCUGGAAAAAUAGUUACUUUGGAACUUCUUGAUAAUGGGGCAGGAGCUGAUGUGAUAGCGAAUGAUGGCAUCUACUCAAGAUAUUUUACGGCUUAUAAGGACAAUGGCAGACACAGCUUAAAAGUGCAGGCUGUCGGGGGAAAGAAGAGACUGAGUUCAAGUUCCCAUCAGAGCCGUGCUAUGUAUGUUCCAGGCUAUGUUGUAAAUGGUGUAGUAAAAAUGAAUCCACCAAAGCCUGAAAUCAAUCCUGAAGAUAUUCAGUCAAAAGUGGAGAGUUUCAGCAGAACAGCCUUGGGAGGCUCAUUUGAGAUCAAAAAUGUUCCCGCCGGUUCAAUACCAGAUGUGUUUGCACCAAAUAAAAUUACUGACCUCGUGGCAGACAUCGAAGGAGAUGAAAUCCAUCUGUCUUGGACGGCUCCAGGGGAUGACUAUGAUGAAGGGCAGGCUAAAGGAUACAUCAUAAAAAUGAGUGAGAAGAUCCUCGAGCUAAGGGAUAAAUUUGAUGAUGCCUUGCAAGUGAACACUUCCACUCUGAAACCUAAGGUUGCCCACUCGCGGGAGAACUUUGUGUUCAGACCAGAAAAUGUCACCAUAGCAAACGGCACCAGCAUCUUCAUUGCAGUCCGGGCCUUUGAUAAAACCAAUCAUACAUCGGAGAUAUCCAAUAUUGCACAAGCCGCUUUGUUCAUCCCUCCACCGGACCCCAACCCUGCUGAUAAGGGAAAGAAACCCAUCAGCAUUUCAACAAUCGUUCUGGCAGUGACUGGCUCAGUGAUAUUGGUUACUAUUGUUGUGAGCAGCACAAUUUGUAUUUUGAACAAGAAAAACAAUAGCAGUGAUAGACCUCAGACUACAUUUUAAUGAGACCAAUACACAAUAAAAACUCCAUUUUUUAAUCUCAAA